AUGAGUAUAAAUAAAGAAGAGGUAAAGAUAACUAAAUUGGUUAUUAUAGGAAAUAGCAGAGAUGGAAAAAGUUCAUUAGGUAAUUUUAUAUUAAAGAAAAAUGCAUUUAUUGUAAGUGAUAAAGUAUGCCCAGAAAAUAAAGGAGUUAAAGGAAGUUAUGGUGAUUUAGAUAGAAAUAAUGUAUUUGUUAUUGAUACGCCGGGAGUUCAAGAAUCAGAAGAAAUGAAUAAAAAAUGGAUAAACCAAAUGAUUGAUUCGAUUAAAAAAGAAAGAGAACUACAUGGAAUAAUAAUUGUAUUUAAUUAUAACCAAGACAGAUUUCCAAAGGGUAGUAAGGAGAUGAUUAAAAGGAUUUACAAUAGAAUUUCAAAACCAGAAUUUUGGCAACAUUUAUGCAUUAUAUUAACAAACUGUUAUUAUUAUAUUCCUGAAAAGGUAAUAGAAAAGAAAAUAAGUAAGAAAAGAGAAGAGUAUCAAAAAGAAAUAAUGAAGCUUGUUAUAGAAACAACAGGAAAUGGAGAGUCUAUUGAAUUUCCAAUGUAUUUUGUUGAUUCACAACCAGAAGAAGGAGAAGAUAAUACUAGAUCAGAAGCAGAAAUAAAAAAGUUUUUAGAAUGGGUUAGAAGCAUACCACCAAUGAAUGUUAAGAAUAUUAAGAGUAAUAAAAUGAAAUUAGAACAAAACGAAAUAAUGAUAACAUCAAAGUACUUUAAUGAUAUUAAUGAUUUUAUUAAUUUAGAAAUAGGUAUUAAAAGAUUUCAAGGAAAUAUGGAACAAUUUCAUUUUAAUCCAUUUCCAUUAAACUAUUAUUCAAGAAAAUUACUUCCUAAUAUUGAAACAUUUCAUAUUUAUAAUAGAGGUGAUGAAAUAUUUAAUGAUGGAAGAAUAAAUAAAUAUGUAAUAUGGUAUCAAGUAGAAUAUUCAAGAUGUCUAAAGGAGAAAGAACAAGGAAAUAUAUGUAAAAAUGUGGUAUAUACAAAGGGAAGUAGAGAGAAAUAUGGAACUACAAUACCGCUGGAAGUUACAUCAAUUGGAGAUGAAUGUUUUAAAUGUUGUUACGAUAUAAAAGAAAUUAAUUUACCAACAAGAAUUAGUGAAAUAGGAAAUGAAUGUUUUUAUGAAUGUGGAAUAAGAAGUAUUAGUAUACCAAUAACAAUUAGUAGAAUAGGAAAUAACUGUUUCGAAGGAUGUAAUUCGUUAAGUAAGAUCAAUAUACCAACAACAGUUAAAGAAAUAGGAAAAGAAUGUUUUGAAGGAUGUUUUUCAUUGAGUGAUAUGAGUAUAGAAAAUAUACAAUUUGUUAGUGAAGAAAGAAUACAUAUAAAUGAACCAGUAUUAGUUAGUAUUGAAAUACCAGAUAAUUUAGAAAGAGUUAAUGGAAGAAUUAUAGAAAGAAGAAACAUUAAUGAAUUUAAUAUUCCAUCAUCAAUUAGUAAAUUAGGUAAUAGAUGUUUUGAAGGAUAUGAAUCGUUAACAAGAAUUGAUAUACCAACAACAGUUAAAGAAAUAGGGAAUGAAUGUUUUAGUGAAUGUACAUCACUAACAUCACUUAAUAUACCAACAUCUGUUAGUAAAAUAGGGGAUGGGUGUUUUAGUAGGUGUUAUUCAUUACAAUCAAUUACUGUACCAUCAUCAAUUAGUGAAAUAAGAUAUAAAAUAUUUAAAGGAUGUUCAUCAUUAAGACUUAUUAAUUUAGGUAAAAUAAAAUUCAUCAGUGAAGAAAGAAUAUUUAUGAAUGAACCAUUAUUAAUCAGUAUUGAAAUACCAGAAAAUCUACAAAUAAUCAAUGGAAAAAGAAUUAAAAAGAAAGAUAUUAAUGAAUUUAAUAUUCCAACAUCAAUUACUAAAUUAGGAUAUUAUUGUUUCGAAGGAUGUUCAAUGUUGAAGUCAAUCAAUAUACCAACAUCAGUUAGGGAAUUUGAUAGUCAUUGUUUUGAAAAGUGUUCAUCACUAACAACAAUUAAUAUACCAACAAGUGUUAGUAAAAUAGGAAAUUAUUGUUUUUAUGAAUGUUCAAGAUUAGAGUCAAUUAAUAUACCAACAAGUAUUAGUGAAUUAGGACAUAGAACUUUUAAAUCUUGUUUAUCAUUACAAACAAUUAAUAUACCAACAUCAAUUACAUCAAUAGGAGAUUGGUGUUUCAACAGAUGUUCAUCAAUAACAACAAUUAAUAUACCAACAUCAAUUAAAUACAUAGGAAAAGAAUGUUUUUAUGGAUGUUAUUCAUUAACAUCAAUCACUGUACUAACAACAAUCAGAGAAUUAAGAAAAGAACAUUUAUGUAAAUACAAAUCAUUAAAAACAAUUAAUAUACCAACAACAGUUAAAUACAUAGGAAAUUAUUGUUUUAAAGGAUGUUCAUCAUUACAAACAAUUAAUAUACCAACAUCAAUUACAUCAAUAGGAAAAAAAUGUUUUUAUAAAUGCUCAUCAAUAACAAGAAUUGAUAUAGCAAAGAUACACUAUUUUAGUGAAGAAAGAAUAUUUAUGAAUGAACCAGUAUUAAUCAGUAUUAAAAUACCGAGAAAUUUAAAAAUAAUCAAUGGAAAGAAUAUAGAGAAGAAAGAUAUUAAUAAAUUUAAUAUUCCAUCAACAAUAAGUAAAAUAGGAUAUAGAUGUUUUAGUUGUUGUGGAUCAUUAACAACAAUUAAUAUACCAACAAAUGUUAUUAAAAUAGGAAAUGAAUGUUUUUAUGGAUGUUCAUCAUUACAAUCAAUUAAUAUACCAACAAAUGUUAUUAAAAUAGGAGAUAAAUGUUUUGAAGGAUGUUCAUCAAUAACAACAAUUAAUAUACCAACAUCAAUUACAUCAAUAGGAGAUUGGUGUUUCAACAAAUGUUCAUCAAUAACAACAAUUAAUAUACCAACAUCAAUUAAAUACAUAGGAAAAGAAUGUUUUUAUGGAUGUUCAUCAUUACAAACAAUUAAUAUACCAACAUCAAUUACAUCAAUAGGAAAAAAAUGUUUUUAUGGAUGUUCAACAUUAACAACAAUUAAUAUACCAACAUCAAUUAAAUACAUAGGAAAUGAAUGUUUUUAUGGAUGUUCAUCAAUAACAACAAUUAAUAUACCAACAAAUGUUAUUAAAAUAGGAGAUAAAUGUUUUUCAGGAUGUUCAUCAAUAACAACAAUUAAUAUACCAACAUCAAUUAAAUACAUAGGAAAAGAAUGUUUUUCAGGAUGUUCAACAUUAACAACAAUUAAUAUACCAACAUCAAUUAAAUACAUAGGAAAAGAAUGUUUUUAUGGAUGUUCAUCAAUAACAACAAUUAAUAUACCAACAAAUGUUAUUAAAAUAGGAGAUAAAUGUUUUGAAGGAUGUUCAUCAAUAACAACAAUUAAUAUACCAACAUCAAUUACAUCAAUAGGAGAUUGGUGUUUCAACAAAUGUUCAUCAUUACAAUCAAUUAAUAUACCAACAUCAAUUAAAACAAUAGGAGAUCAAUGUUUUAAUGGAUGUUCAUCAUUACAAUCAAUUAAUAUACCAACAUCAAUUACAUCAAUAGGAGAUUGGUGUUUCAACAGAUGUUCAUCAAUAACAUCAA